UCAGCUGAUCAGGAAAACAGCUAAUUAAAUAUAGUUGAUCACAUUUUGUUAAAAACAAGUAAUAGACAUGUUUGGUGCAUUUUAUUGAAAAUCAUCAGCACGAAAGACUAUAUUAUUGGGAAUGUUAAUUAGAGUAACUAAGAGAUAUAUGCGAAUACACAUGUUGGAUGCCAAAUUGCCAACUAAUUAUAUAUUUAAUGGUGGAAGAGUUUUAGUUAGGAGAAGCAAGGCUUUGUUUAGGUAAAUGGUGCAUAAAGGUGUGUGUGUAUAGUUUCAGCACUAGGGAGUAUAUGAUCUUUUCUUUGUGAGUGAGUAUACAUAAAGGCAGAAGUAAUCAUCAUGUAGUAUACGUAAAUGACUGAACUAUGUACUAAUUGUAGUUACCCAUUUCAGAUUCAGAACCAUCCAUCAUGGUUUGAAUCGAGACACAAAAAAUUGAAUAUAGCCAAGAAGCCAAAAUGGAAAAAAAGAUGAAUCAAUUGUUUAUGAAAAAGAACAUUAACAAGGCGGUGGUGUCUAGCUAGUGGCUUAGCCCAUAAAACUUGACGUUAGUUUAUAAUGGUAUUUGAUAAAAUGACUGGGCCGAACAUGGGCCCAAAUAAAAAAUGCGUCGAAGCUGGGAGAAUUUCAAAACGGCAUGAGAACAAGAGCGCGGGAUGCGAAAAUCUUCGCGGUUAACGUUUUUCCUCCACUAAAAAAAGUUUAAUCACACAUCCAAAAGAAUGAUUCCUCGUAGUACGAUUGGAUCCAAACCAUUCCUCUUGCCACUUUCGCUUCGACCUCGCCUUUUUUCACCUAACGAUGCCUACCAUCGCCGGAUCGGAGAAAUCGGAGGAAGUCAGUCUCUUGUCUGAGGAUACAAUCUCUACGCCGAAGAAACUGAAAUCUCGUCAGCGAAUUGCUGUUUCCAAUCUCAGAACGCCAGAUAAGGAAGUUAAGCAAGACUCUCAUGAAAACUUGGCAGUGGAUAGCUUAUCCGAUUGUUUAGGCUCUGAAUCUAGAGACGAGGAUCAAAUGAGAGCUGUGAAGGAGGCACUGCAUGUAUCGAAAGCACCAUCGACAAUUGUUUGCCGUGAGGAUGAGCAUAGACGGGUGUUCGAAUUUGUUAAAGGUUGCUUAGAUCAGCAGAAGGCUGGGAGUUUGUACAUUUGCGGUUGUCCUGGAACUGGAAAAUCACUCUCCAUAGAGAAAGUCGUAAAACAAGUUGGUGAUUGGUCAAAGCAGGCCUGUUUGCCACCUGUGGACACAUUGUCUGUGAACUGCACGUCGCUGACAAAAACAGCAGAUAUAUUCAGCAAGAUACUUGAAAUAGUAGAGCCCGUGAAGGAAGAUAACUGCUACUCUUCACCUCUACAUCGUCUUCAGAGUUUGUUUUCUCAAAAGCAAGACUCCAGCUCAAGAAUGAUGUUAAUAAUUGCAGAUGAGAUGGAUUUCUUGAUCACAAAAGACAGAGGAGUCCUGCAUGAUCUUUUUAUGCUUACGAUUUUUCCAUUUUCAACGUGUAUACUUAUAGGUGUAGCUAAUGCAAUAGACCUUGCAGAUCGUUUCCUUCCGAAAUUGAAGUCCCUUAAUUGCAAACCUAUGGUUAUAACUUUCCCUGCUUAUUCUAAAGAUCAGAUCCUUAGGAUACUACAGGAAAGGCUAAUGGUUCUUCCAUAUGUUGCAUUUCAAUCAAACGCCUUGGAGCUCUGUGCAAGAAAAGUUGCGGCUGCGUCAGGUGACAUGCGAAAGGCUUUAUCUGUCUGCAGAAGUGCUAUAGAAAUCUUAGAAAUAGACAUAAGAGGAUCACCUGGCCCAGAAUCACAAGGUCCAACUCCAGAUAAUCCAGUGGUGAGGAUGGAUCAUAUGGCUGCUGCAUUAUCUAAGACGUUUAAGUCUCCUGUAGUUGACACUAUUCAGACUCUUCCUCAACACCAACAAAUCAUAAUAUGUUCUGCUGCAAAGGCUUUUCGAGGGAGUAAAAAGGAUGCAACCAUUGGAGAGCUUAAUAAAUUAUAUCUAGAAAUCUGUAAGUCUCGGGUGAUCUCUCCAGCUGGAAUUACAGAGUUCACUAACAUGUGUACGGUGCUAAAUGAUCAGGGGAUUCUAAAAUUCGGCCAAGCACGUGGAAACAAGCUAAAGAGAGUUAGUCUGAGAGUAGACGAAUCGGACAUUACAUUUGCUCUACAGGGAGUACGAUUCUUUAGGAACUGUCUUCUGUGAGAAGAACUUCAUCCCUACAAUGGAAAACAUCUUGUGCAAAGAAUAGCCGGGCUAAGCUGUGAACAUGGAUAGGAUACUUUUAUUAGAAUAUUUCAAUGUAUUUGCUUACACUUGCUAAUUGGAUAGCCGUGGAUAGGAGUGUAUUAGGGCAAUCAUUUGCUUACACUUGGUGUUCACUUCCUCUCCUCUCACUGUGGCAGAGAACGAUUAACUAAA